GGAAACGACAACAUACACAACAUACGCUGUGGCUAACUUGCUUGUCAGACUGACUCAGAGUCAACUUGGCAGGCUAACGACGUUAGCUACACUGACUAGCCCCAAUUCCGUUCUGGCAAGUCAAGAAGACGAGUGUAAAACUAGCUGUAAAGACAGUAACUGUUAAACAGAGUGCAGGAUGUCAGAGAUAGAGGACGAUGCGUCGCUGUCGGACGGAGAGGAGGCGGCGAACGAGGAUGUACAGGAGGAAAAUAUGUCCGAAAAAGAGGACCAGAUCGAGCCAUGCCCUCUGACCCAGGAAAUUAUGAUCCCGGGUCUGUCUCUGCUGUGUCGCACCGGGAACGGCCUGGCACAUGCCUUCGUUAAGCUCGAACUGAAAGACAGGCGUCUGACUGACAUAGCCCUGGUCAGCUCGUUUGUCCACCUGCGUUUCCUGGACGUGUCAUCCAACCACCUCUCUGACCUUUCACCCCUGGCCACCCUCACACAGCUGCUGUGGCUGAAGGGUGAUGGUAACAUGGUGGCUGGGUUCAGAGGUCAGCCCCUGGGUCAGCUGACCUACCUGCAGUGGCUGAGUCUGGCCCUGAACCGCCUCAGAGACCUGGAGGGCCUAGAAGGCCCCGCCCUGGAGAGCCUCAACCUCAUUGGUAACGGUAUCCAGAGGGUGUCUGUGUCGUUGCUAGGUAACGGUAUCCAGAGGGUGUCGGGGCUACAGUACCACCUCCUGACUAACCUGGUGACUCUGGAACUGAGAGGAAACAAACUGGAGACCACCGACGGAAUCUACCUGCCCAACCUCCGACGCCUCUACCUGGCCCAGAAUGCUAUCAAGCGCCUGGAGGGUCUGGGUAAGCUGGAGCAUCUGACCACCCUGCACCUCCGAGACAACCAACUGGAGACUCUAGAUGGCAUCAGCCCCAACAUGAAGACCCUGCAGUACCUCAACAUCAGGGGUAACCUGGUGUCUGCCCAGCGUGCCUUGCGUAGCCUGGUGGGCGUAUCCAAGACAUUGCGAGCGCUGGUCCUGGCGGAGAACCCUCUGGUGGAGACGGGGGACUAUCGUCUGUGUGUCCUGAGCCGCCUGCCGCUGCUGGAGCGCCUUGACAAGGAACCCAUCUCUCCUGAGGAGAAGUCUGAGGCACAGGAGAAACUCAGAGAGUUUAAUGAUGAGGCGGAUGUUGUUCCUCUGUCUGUUUCUAUAGGAGUUUAAUGAUGAGGCGGAUGUUGUUCCUCUGUCUGUUUCUAUAGGAGUUUAAUGAUGAGGCGGAUGUUGUUCCUCUGUCUGUUUCUAUAGGAGUUUAAUGAUGAGGCGGAUGUUGUUCCUCUGUCUGUUUCUAUAGGAGUUUAAUGAUGAGGCGGAUGUUGUUCCUCUGUCUGUUUCUAUAGGAGUUUAAUGAUGAGGCGGAUGUUGUUCCUCUGUCUGUUUCUAUAGGAGUUUAAUGAUGAGGCGGAUGUUGUUCCUCUGUCUGU